UUGUCCAGUGCUACCUCUCUGUCCCCCAGCAGGCUCUCCGUGGAGACCCAGAGCCCUCUGCUCCCCAUGGGCAGCUGCCAGGCAGGGCAUAACCUGCAUCUCUGUCUGGCUCACCACCCACCUCUGGUCUGUGCCACCUUGAUCCUGCUGCUUCUUGGCCUCUCAGGCCUGGGUCUCGGCAGAUUCCUGCUCACCCACCAGACUGGCCUGCGCAGCCCUGAUAUCCCUCAGGAUUGGGUCUCCUUCUUGAGGUCUUUUGGCCAGCUGACCCUGUGCCCUGUGAAUGGAACACUCCCAGAGAAGUGGCAUGGUCCUCACGUCGUGGGCUUACUGACCACCUUGAACUUUGGAGAUAGUCCAGAAAGAAACAAGACUCAGACAUUCCAUGCCAAGGUCCUGGGUAGUCAGAUGGGACUGAAAGGAUCUUUUGCAGAAGAACUGGUCCUCAUUACAGCCAGGGUGACCACAGAAAGGACUCCAGGAACCUGCCUGUAUUUUAGUGCUGCCCCGGGAAUCCUGCCUUCCAGCCAGCCACCCAUAUCCUGCUCAGAGGACGGAACAGGAAAUGCCACUCUGAGCCCCCGGGUGGCUGAGGAAUGUAUCAGGGUCUGGAGCCACGAAGGCCUUGUGCUUACCAAACUGCUCACCUCGGAGGAGCUGGCCCUGUGUGGCUCCAGGCUGCUGGUGUUGGGCUCCUUCCUGCUUCUCUUCUGUGGCCUUCUCUGCUACAUCACUGCCGUGUGCUUCCACCCACGCCGGGAGCCACACCGGUCUAGAACCCGGCUCUGA